GCAUGGAGGAGGAGUGAUGAGCCGAGAAAGGCUAAAACUUUUCCUCCAGAUACUUUUGAAGAAGCACAAAGGCAAGACUCGGCUAAGCUCUGGUCAACUCGAUACCUUGCUCGACUCGUUCGUGGAAGAAAGGUCAACAGCUGGCGAUAUUGAAGCGAGCGAGUUCGUAGAGUGGGCAUGGAGCGCUUAG